AUGCAAUCUAUGGGUGAGUACAUUAACUAAUAUUACAUGGUGAAAAUUAUAAUGGAACAGCUUACAUGUAAAUUAAAUGGUGCUUCUUAUUGUUAUACUCCUGUAGCCUCAUGCGCUUCAUACACAAUACCAACAAGCAUUACAGAUAAUUCAGCUAAAUUAGCAUGGUGUAAUGCAAUGUUCACAAAUGCAGUUACCGCAACUAAGUGUUCAUUUGAUUCAGCCACUCCAACUACAUGCUCCAAUAUAGAUAGUUGUGAAGAGAUCAUUUCUCCUACCAGUGCUGCUGAUUGUAAUAAAAAAUUAAAUGAUGGACAAUGCUAAUUUGUUAACAACAAAUGUAUUACUACUAAAAAUGCAUGUACUGGUUAUUUAUUAACUGGAAUUACUACAGGUUAAGCUACUUAUUGUUCUGCUUUGAAAUCAGAUAAUUCAGGAACUGUUAAAAAAUGUUCAUAUAUUUCUGGAACUUCUACAACUACUUGUGUUGAUGAGGUAGUAGCAACAGUUGCCAAUCCAGCUGCUAUCACUGUUGGAGCUUGUAAUACAAUUUCAUCACCAACUUCAUAAGCAGAUUGUAAUUUAGGAACUGGAAGUUGUAAAUAUUAUUCAGGAGCUUGUUAUGCUAGGGUUGCAUGUGCAAGUUAUACUGUUGUUGGUGCAGAUGCAGCUGCUAAGCAAAACUUUUGUUAGAAUAUGUAUGAUAAUACAGCAGAUGAAUAUUGCUCUUAUAAUGCUGGAGCUUGUGCUGCUGGUAAAACUGCUUGUACUGAUUAUUCUACUUUAGCUGGGGCAGAUGAUGCUGCUAAAACAUUAGAAUGUUCUAAACUCAGAAUAAAAACAGGAAGUGCUUGCGGCUUCACUGCAUCAGGAACUGCAUGUGCAGUUCCAGCCGAUGCUGCUGCUUCAUGCACACUUGUAACAUCUGAUAUAGCUGCUGAUGCGGAUUGCGCCUUAAGAACAAUAUUAGGAUGCAAGAAACAUGCUACUAAUCCUGCUUGUAUUGCAAAUGAUGCAUGUACUGAUGUUACUCCUACUGGAACUACAGAUGAUGCGAAGACCACUAGUUGCUAAGCUAAUAUUGGUCCUGAUUCUAAAUAUUGUACAUUUACAUCUGGUGGUGCAAAGUGUGUAGCUGCUUAAAGUGCAUGUUCAGGUUAUUCAAGUCUUCCAAGUGAUGAUACUAAAUUAGCUUUUUGUCAAUUAAGAAUUAAUGAGAAAGGAUAAAGAUGUACAUGGGUUACCGCUGCUACAGCUUGUUCAGAUCCUUCAGCUACAUGUGUGAGCUACACUGGUCUAAGUGGUACUGAUAUACUAACACAAUGUUAAGCUAAAAAUGAUUUGGCUGGAGUUAAAUGUUCAUGGAAUAUAGGUACUACUGCAUGUAUCCCUGCUCCAAAAACCUGUGCUGGUUGGAAUAGUCUUCCAACUUCAGGAUAAUUAGAAUUUUGUUAAGCCAGAAUUAAAUCAGAUGGUUUAAGAUGUUCAUGGGUUAGCGGUACUACAUGUACAGAUGCUCAGGCUGCUUGUACAUCAUUAACUGGUCUUCCAGCCUAAGGGGAAUUAGCUUAUUGUUAACUAAGACUAAAACAAGAUGGAGUGAAAUGUUCAUGGAGUAGUGGUGCUACCUGUUAGGAUUAGCCAACAGCAUGUUCAAACUGGAGUACUCUUCCAUCAUCAGAAUAAUUAGAAUUUUGUUAGGCUAGAAGUAACGCAGCCGGAAAUAGAUGUUCAUUUGUUGCAGCUGCUACUGCAUGUUCUGAUGCUCAAGCUGCUUGUACUGGAUAUAGUACACUACCUUCAUCAGGAUAAUUAGCAUUUUGUUAAGCAAGAGUUUAAUAAGAUGGAACUAAAUGUUCAUGGACUGCUGGAGGAACAGCUUGCAGAGCUUAUUCAUGUGAAGAUACAGCAUCUCCUUAAUCAUAAGCUGAUUGCGAUGCUACUGGCUCAGGAUGCACUUAUUAACCUCAACUCUAAAUUUGUUAUAAAAAAGAAGCAGCAUGUACAAGUUAUACUCCAACAGGUGCUACUGAGGCUGAUAAACUUAACUAUUGUAAUAAUCUAUUAAAUUCUGCUUCUCCUGCUGUUGGAUGUACUUACAUCAAAGGAAAGACUAGUGUUUCAACAUGUUCAGUAUUAGCUGCUUGCACAGGCUAUGAUGUUUCAGAUAUAACUGCUGCAGCCGAUAAAUUAGCUGCUUGUUAAGGUGCAAUACCCUCUACUGGUUCAUGUACAUACUUUUCAGGAAAUACAUGCGUUGCUGUUGCAGCUUGCUCUACAUAUACUGGAUAUACUGGAUCAGAUGUAGUAGGUGAUUGUGCAAAAUAAAAAGAUGAUACUACUAAAUUAUUAUGUUUUGGAUCUGGUACAGCAUGUGCUGCCGCAACUUGUGAAAAUGUUACAGGAGCAACAAGUCUUGAUGAUUGUAAGAAAUACGCCAAUGGUUGUAUAUACUAUAAUUCUAAAUGUUAUACUUUAUCAGCAACUUGUGCAUACUCUACUGGAGGAACUAAUGCAGUUUCAUUUUGUAAUAAUCUAAAAAACACUGGUGGUGAUUACUGUACAGCUGAUGCUGAUACUGAUGCUAAUUGCAAAGACAGAACAUGUACUGAUACUGCAACAAAUAGUUUCUAAACUCAUGAUGAAUGUAAGACUUAUCAUUCAACAUGCAAAUCAGACGGCUAAGGUUGUAUCCUUGCUUCAAAGACAUGUACUUAAUAAAGUGGAUAUCUUAGCUUUUGUGAAUGGGCAUUAGAUACUAACAACAAAUCAACUUGUGCCAAAGGAACGGCAGAUACUAAUAGUGCUGCCUGUACAAAGUUAGCUUGUGAGUUGAAUGUUACUGCAACAAGUGAUUCAGAAUGCCAAUAAUUCAAUUCUGAUUGUUUGAAUAAAGGUUAUGGUUGUAUUCAUAAAACAGAGCCUUGUACCUCUUACUAUGGUACAAAAACAUCGUGCUAGGCAUUUACAGGAAAUAGUAAGAAAUGCUAUGGAGAUUCUGCUACUACUACGAAAGCUGCUUGCAGAGAUAGAAGAUGCAGCGAUUUGGCUACAGCUACCAGUGAUGCCGACUGUGAAAAUUUCUUAUCAGGUUGUUUAUUCAAUGGAGUUGGAUGUGUAGACAAAAGUGCUGCUUGUAGUGCAUAUAGGGGAAACUAAGAUACUUGCUCAGGAUUUAAGGGAAGUAAUGGAACUAAAUAUUGUUGGGGACCCAGUGCUACAACUGUUGGCAAUUGUGCAGAUAGAAAGUGUUCAGAUAAAUCUGGUAGCACUACCGAUACAGAAUGUUAAACUUUCUUGCCUCCUAUUGCUCCAUCCAAAGUAUAAUUAUGUAUCACUGAUGGUACAAAUUGUGUUGAUAUUGGAAAGGCCUGUUCAUUCUUUAGAGGAGAUGAUGCUAAGUGCUCCUCCUUCACAGCUAAUGAUGGUCCAUGCAAAGCAAGUUCAGUUUCAGCAUCUGCUGUUGCUUGUACUCCUAGAGUUUGCUAUGAAGCUCCAAAUACAUAUACAACAGAUGAUUAAUGUUCCAAGUAUCACCCAUCAUGUAAAACAACUGGCAGAGGAUGUAAGAGCUCUGUUGGAUGUGGGGAAUUAACUUCUUAAGCUUCAUGCACAGCAAAUACAUCAUGUCAAUGGGCAGGAUAAUGCAGAACUUUAACAACUACAUGUGGUGCAUUGACUACCUAAGGUCAAACUAUUUGUACGAAUACACCAUUAUCAAAUGGAAAGAAAUGUGCUUGGUACAAUGGUCCUUCUUCCAAUGUUUGUAGAGAUUUCACAUGUGCAGAUUAUGAUGGAUCUAUUGCAACUCACAAAGAUUGCUAGGACAAAGAUACCACAUGCACUACUACAGGGGCUGGUUGUAUAACCUUAGGAGUAUGCUCAUCUUAUAGAUCUAAAUCUAUCUGUGAAGCUGCAAAUACAACUGAAACUUCGGUAAGAUGUACAUGGAAUUCUACAACUGCAGCUUGUAGAUAAAGGUCUUGUGCAGAUGGAGUGUUUACCACUGAUGAAGCUUGCAACACAUGGCUUACUGGAUGUAAAACUUCAGGAACAGCUUGUGUAGGACCAAACUUUGGAUGUGAUGUGUUUACAGGAAAUCCUAAACUCUGUUUGAAGAAUAGUGCUGGAAACCCAUGUUUAUAUGUUAAUGGAAUUUGCUAUGAUUAUGACAAUUGCACAGAUGUUAGUUCUUCAACUUACUCAUUCUGCUAAUCCUUCUCUAAAUAAUGUGUUCCAACAAAUACUACUUGCAGAGCCAUAACUCAAUGCGAUAAAUAUGAAUAUAUUAACUCAUGCACAAUUGGUGUUAAUAAUACUGUAUGUGGAUGGUUACCUGAAGGUAAAUGCAAAGAAUACACAGUGUGCAGUGAUGCUACUGGUACUGACUUAUCAGCUUGUACCAGUUGGGGUUCUACCUGUGUUUCAGAUGGAACCAAAUGCGUCGAUAAAGGAACUUGUGCUUCAUAUUUAACCACUUAAGCUUGUGAUAAUGCAGGUACUGAUGGAUCUUGUUAAUGGACUGGAACUGCUUGCAGAUUGAGAGAAUGUACAGAUAAAGUUGCUACAACUGAUGCUGAAUGUUUAGCUUAUACUGUUAAGAGUGGAGUCUGUACAACUGAUGGAGCUAAAUGUGUUCCUAGAGCUACAUGUUCUUCUUAUUUAACUGAAGCAGCUUGCACAAUUGGAUAAGAUGGAAUUCCAUGUGUUUAUGAUUUACCAGUUGGUGCUACUACAGGAACUAAAUCAUGUAGACCUAAGGAAUGCACUGAUAUCAAAGGAACUACUAAUGAUGCUUGUGUAUCAAUGAUUCCAAAUAAGGCUUGUGUUUCUAAUGGAGUUAAUUGUGUUAAAUAAGAUACAUGUGCCAAUUAUAAGAAUAAAUUAUCAUGCAAAGCAGGAGGUUCAGAUGGAAAAUGCGCAUUUACUCCAGCACCAACUGUUGCAGAUCCAAAUAAUGGAACAUGUGUAUCAUUCAAAUCAUGUGAAAAUGCCAAUAUAAACCAAAAGCUUGCAAAUGGUAAUCAACUACAACUGGAACUACCACUACUACUAAAUGUUCACCAAUGGAUUGCCCAGGAGUUGCUUCUGGUACAACUUGCAACCCAUUCCAAAGUUUCGAUGGAACUUCAAGCACCAUUUUGUGUUUUGGUCAAUAAUGUAUGUUCAGUUAGCGAUCCAUCAACCCUUACAGCAGAAUAAUGCUAUAAACCAACAACUGUUUACACAUACACUUGGAAUGAAUCCACUAAUAAAUGUGUUUCAUGCAAAGCUCCAACUAAUAAUAACAAUAACUCAACCAAUCCAAACACUACAGACCCAGGUACUAAUACUGACGAUAAUGGAUACAUCUUAGGUGUUACAAUUCCAUUGGCUAUAUUGGGAAUCUUUGUUUGA